AUGGCGGCUGUCGACUCGUCCUUGGACGUGAAGCGAUCCGAGGAGAUUAAGGAAGCCGCUAAUCGGGCCUUUCAAGAGCACAAGUUCCUGCGAGCCGUUGAUCUCUACACCGACGCCAUCCAACUGAACGAAUCCAACGCCAUUCUCUGGGCCAAUCGCGCGUUCGCCCACACCAAGAUCGAGGAGUAUGGCAGCGCUGUGGAGGACGCUGCUAAGGCCAUUGAGCUCAACCCCUCCUAUGUCAAGUUACCCUUCUGUGACACGGUAGUUGGGAGUGGUUACCCUGCGUUCGCCCACACCAAGAUCGAGGAUUAUGGCAGCGCUGUGGAGGACGCUGUUAAGGCCAUCGAGCUCAACCCCUCCUAUGUCAAGGCAGCCAAGAUCGCCCCAAGGGAUUCAGACGCAGGCAAGAAGCUGAAGGAGUGUGAGAAGGCAGCAGCCAAGAUCGCCCCAAGGGACCCAGACGCACGGAAGAAGCUCAAGGAGUGUGAGAAAGCGGUGAGGGAGGAGGCGUUUCAGAAUGCCAUAGCCAGUCCAGACAGCGGGCCUGUGGGCUUCAGGGACUUUGGCGUUGACGUCAGCAGCAUAGACGUAGUGACUUUUGAGUCGACUCAAAAGUCACCCCGUCCACACCCCACACGCCCCUCACCCCACACGCCCCUCACCCCACACGCCCCUCACCCCACACGCCCCUCACCCCACACGCCCCUCACCCCACACGCCCCUCACCCCCCACGCCCCUCACCCCCCACGCCCCUCACCCCUCUGCACCGCAGACGUAGCAACAUACAAUGGGCCGCGCAUGGAGGGCGAGGAGACGUGGAGGCGACAUACGAUGGGCCGCGCAUGGAAGGCGAGGAGGUGACUCUUCCUUCCCCGCCUUCACUCACUUGCACAUAUCGUAUUGCAAACACACCACGCGCCCCUCAUGCCCCUGCAGACGUGGAGGCGACAUACGAUGGGCCGCGCAUGGAGGGCGAGGAGGCGACAUACGAUGGGCCGCGCAUGGAAGGCGAGGAGGUGACUCUUCCUUCCCCGCCUUCACUCACUUGCACAUAUCGUAUUGCAAACACACCACGCGCCCCUCAUGCCCCUGCAGACGUGGAGGCGACAUACGAUGGGCCGCGCAUGGAGGGCGAGGAGGCGACAUACGAUGGGCCGCGCAUGGAAGGCGAGGAGGUGAUUCUUCCUUCCCCGCCUUCACUCACUUGCACAUAUCCUACUGCAAACACACCACGCGCCCCUCAUGCCCCUGCAGACGUGGAGGCGACAUACGAUGGGCCGCGCAUGGAGGGCGAGGAGGUGACUCUCUCGUUCGUUAGGGCAUAUAUGAUGCACACACUCACUGGUGCAUGUAUGCUCUCUCACACUCACUACACCCGUCACCCCACUGCAGACGUGGAGGCGACAUACGAUGGGCCACGCAUGGAGGGCGAGGAGGUGACUCUCUCGUUCGUUCAGAAGAUGAUGGACGCUUUUAAGAACCAGAAGAAGCUUCACAGAAGAUACGCCUAUCAGAUUCUGUUUCACAUACGGGAGCAGCUGCGGGCGCUGCCAUCACUGGUGGACAUUCAGGUGCCCGACGGUCAACAUAUCACAGUCUGUGGAGACAUUCACGGGCAGCUCUUCGACUUGAUGAACAUCUUUGACCUCAACGGCCUGCCGUCAGAGACCAACCCCUAUCUGUUCAACGGGGACUUUGUGGACCGAGGCAGCUUCUCAGUGGAGUGCAUCUUCACUCUCUUCGCCUUCAAGUGCCUCUAUCCCACCGGCAUUUAUCUCUCCAGGGGCAACCAUGAGUCGUGGAACCCAUGGUGGAGCUCCAGAGGCAUUUAUCUCUCCAGGGGCAACCAUGAGUCGUGGAGCAUCUACGGGUUUGAUGGCGAGGUGAAGGCCAAGUGCGGAGAGCCCAUGGUGGAGCUCUUCGCUGACGUCUUCUGCUGCCUGCCUGCCUCUUCACACACAUCCUCUCAUCCUCCCCUCUCCUCCUCCCUCUGCCCUCUCUCCCGGACUUCCAUGAACCGCAUAUACGGCUUCGACGGCGAGGUGAAGGCCAAGUGUGGAGAGCCCAUGGUGGAGCUCUUCGCUGACGUCUUCUGCUGCCUGCCGCUGGCGCAUGUGAUCAGCAGCCGCGUGUUUGUGGUGCAUGGGGGGCUGUUCAGCAAGGAUGGGGUUAGUCUGGACGAUGUGAGAGGCAUCAACCGCUUCCAAGAGCCUCCAGAUGAAGGGCUGAUGUGCGAGGUGCUGUGGAGCGACCCCUUCCCCGGGCAGGGCCGCAUGCCCAGCAAGAGAGGCGUGAUGGGAGUGCUCAUCCGUGUCCCUUCUCCCAUGUGUGCCUGCACCACUGCUCCUAUACUUGCUGGCACUGCUGCUCCUCUCAUGUGUUACAGGGCUGAUGUGCGAGGUGCUAUGGAGCGACCCCUUCCACGGGCAGGGGCGCAUGCCCAGCAAGAGAGGCGUGGAAAAAGGAAUGCUGCUCACCCUUGUUGUUGCUUCUGUGUGUGCCGGUGUUAUUGCUCACUCCAUGUGUGUGCUGCAGGGCUGAUGUGCGAGGUGCUGUGGAGCGACCCCUUUCACGGGCAGGGGCGCAUGCCCAGCAAGCGAGGCGUGGGCGUGGCCUUUGGCUCUGACGUCACCAAGCGGUUCCUGCAAGACAACAAGCUGGACCUGGUGGUGCGAUCGCAUGAGGUGAAGGAGGAGGGGUACGAGGAGGAGCACGAGGGGCAGUUGAUAACGGUGUUCUCAGCGCCCAACUACUGCGACCAGAUGGGCAACAAGGGCGCCUUCAUUCGCUUCCAAGCGCCCGACCUCAAACCCAACUUCACCACUUACACUGCCGUGGUGAUAACGGUGUUCUCAGCGCCCAACUACUGCGACCAGAUGGGCAACAAGGGCUCCUUCAUUCGCUUCCAAGCACCUGAUCUUAAGCCCAACUUCACCACUUACACCGCCGUGCCCCACCCGAAUGUGCGGCCCAUGGCGUAUGCAUCCAACUUCUCCUCGUUCUUCUAG